AAAAUAAUACUAAGAGCAAAUUAUUUACAUUUAUAUUUUAUAUGUAUAUCUUUAUAUAUUCUAUCACUCUAUAGUUAUCAUUAUUAUAGCUAUUAAUUUAUUAUGAAUAAAAUUCAAAAUCAGUACAAUCACACAACAUUUUUGACUUAAUUUCUGGUAAUGUGUUUAAAGCAAAUAUAUAUAAAAGCAAUAAAUAUAUCGGUUUUAUCCAUUGUUGUAUUCUAUAAAACACUUUUAAUUCUUCUUAUCAUUUGAUUUUACUUUUUAAGAACUAUAAUAUUUUACAAUCUUUUGAAUCUAAAGCAAUUAAUUUACUUUUUAUAUAAUCAAUUCUUUUUAUCUUUAAGUGAUUACUGAAUAUGAAUUUUAUGGUAGGCACAGCAUAUCAUAUUUCACAGCUAGGUGACUUCUCAGAUAUCGGGUGCUUCCUACUUCUCUAUUUGCAUUGAUUUAUGUUUCUCAUAUGUUUUGUAUAAUAUAAUAAUAGAAAAUAAAAACGAUGGAUAGCACGUAAUUUAUACUAAAUAUCAAUAAAAGUCCUAGUACUUAUAGCUAGCACUGUAUGUUUACUUUAGCCGUGCUCCGUGUCAUGUACACAUUUCUCCUCUGCUACUCAUCGAUACAAGCCAGUGUCGCAUAUUUCCCAUCCCGGAGACAAAAUUAGCGAGCCAUUAACUACUGGAGACCCUUAUUCUCAGUAUCCAUUUUUUGGCUGUAUUAUGCCUAUAAGUAUUGGUGAUCCCUCUAUUCAUCUUUGAUUAAGAACCUUACCCCCACCACAGGAAUCGCCAAACGUGUGUAUACGACCGUGCUACCACUGUUUUUCGAUUGUUCUACUUGUCAAUUGUCAGUUUAAGUUUGUUACGACUGGUGAUGUGCUUAUGUAUAACAGAAACUGAACAAUUUAUUGAGACUAUCAGAAAAUAUCGAUGUGUAUAGGAUAAAGAAGCAACAGUGUACAAAGACAAUGAAUUAAAAGGAAAGGCCUGGGAACAAAUUGCAGCAAAACAUGGAUUGCAGAAUGGUUUGUAUAUUCAACCCUUUUGUAACACGGUGCAAAAAUUCUGAAAAUCCUCCUACAACGUGAUAUUGUUGUAACAUUGUUUCUAUAUAGCAAGAUUUAAUAAAUUUGAACAACCCUCUAAGUUGUACUAACCAACCGUGUUAUAAGAAGCUUGAUGACUGUAUUUUACAAUUUAUACAGUAAUUAUACCAUAAUCUAAAACUGUACAUACUUAGUCUUAAUACUAUAUAUUUUUCUUAACUUAUGUUAACACAACAAUUUUGUUUUUCAUAAAAAUCCUUUUUAAUACAUCUACAUAGCCUGCUUGCUUUUUCUAAACUUCUUUAGUUUAGCAGACCAUAUUAAUUAUUAUAAUACAUAUUAUAUUUCAUGUAACCUUAAACUUAUAUGAUUAGUCUGCCAAGAUAUGGCACCAGAAAGUAAAUUAAAGAACUGCAUAAAUAUAUUUCUUAUUUGAAAAGCAUCUGCAGUACCAUUUUUACCUAUCCUACCAGAUUGGAUUAGCUGACAAUGUAAUAUUAAGAGUUCUGAUUGUUUCACAUCAUAUUUAGGAAUAAGGGGUUUUUUGUCAUCGAAGAAUUAGGUAGGAUACAUGUGACCUUCACGAUCUUGACAACUGAUUCCACAUUAUAUUUAAAGGAAUAAUUAUAAUAUACUUAUAAAAUAUACUUAUAAAAUACUUGCAAAAAAAGGAAGAAUGUCAUGAAAGAGAAUUUUAUCCUACUCAUGUCAAUGUUAUCGCUAAUUGUUCUUCUAUCCCAACACAUAUCAUGUAGUUGGUGUAUUUUCUCUAGAUAUCAUCCUUAAUUAAUUCUUGAAUCAACUGAAACUGGUGUCUCAACAUCCUAAUAUAUAUCCUGGAUUCAUUGUCAAUAAACUCUCAAUAAAUCAAGAAAUCAAGGUCGAGGCGCGAAAGGUGGUUGAUGAAGGGCAGAAGGCUGGUAUCAAGAUAAAGGAAAUCACCAUGGAGUACAGAAAAGUGGAUGAGCCAUUAGAUUCGAUGGUGAACAAGAAUAAAGGAAAUAUAUUAAGGGAGAAGAAACUCUUGUAGAAAGUUUCCGAGUUGACAGCCGAUAUCUCUUGGAUGGUAUGGAGAGCAUUUACAGAGGUAACGAAAGGAUGCUAUCCGAUCUAAAGAACCGUUACAAGAUUUAGCAUUUUUGAUUUUACUGUUAAGACCCUUAAUUGCUAUCAAACAUAUUUCAAGUUGAAAUAUUCCUUAGGGUUAUUCUUCAUUAAGGUAAAACAUGAAAAAAGCAGGUUUUACCCAUGUUCUACAACCGCUGGUGGGGAGCGCACAUAAUAGAUCUAUAUUUCAUGUAUAAAUAAAACUAUUUUUGUAUGUUUUAUACUGCAUUAAUUUCGUCACACCAUUGUAGUAAUGAUGGUAAUAAUAAAAAAUGUAUAACUAUUGACAUUUGUUCAAAUUAUGUAUUUCUACUAAUCUUGGUGCGUCGGUCAUCGGUGACACUCAUGGUAUUGAACGUGUUAAGCUUUAAGUGCUAUACAUCGGAUUGUUACUACGUUACUAAACAACUGUCUUCGCUGUAGUAUAGUCGUCGUCGACUAUCGAGUAGCCAAUGACGCAAUACCGUUAUCGGCUUCAGUAUCUAAGGGUGUUCCAUCUACAAUUGCCUCACUUCUUUCUAAACUACGUUACGUUUCGAUUUCGGUGAAUGAAAAAUAUUGAGUUGCAAUAUACUGUAUAUAUGCAUAUAUACAUGUGACAUACACAUAUAACCGGUGAUCAAUCUGAUCGGACGAAUAAGAAUAUAAAUAGUUAAGGAUAUAAGUAAUUUGUAAAAGAAGACCGUAAAAACUUAAACCGAAAUUUAUUACUUUUUCUAAGAGUUAUUGAAAUUAUAUAAUACUUCAAAUUAUAUUGUAUAAUAUAUUAAAUUAUAAUAGUUUUAAAUAUAUAACAUUUCUUGUUUUAUAAAUUGUUUUUUGACUUUGUUGACAUAUGUACAUAAUAGCAUAGUGCCUGUGCAUAGAUGUUAUAGAUUUCUACAGAUUUUUAGAAGGCAUGUACAUCAAACUGGUUACUUCUUAAGUAUAUGUACAUCAGGAAUCAAAGACUACAUUUUUGCAGAUGCAUUUUUUUAUUGCUUAUUUCAAUGCACCUCCUCACACUUAAGCUGUUUGGCUUGUAGAAUUGACUUUAAAUAUUGUAGUAGUAUAUCGUGAAUACUGGAUAGACAAUACUCAACAUACGUUCAUUCUACUUAACCUUACAUUCAAUCGAGGUUAAGUUACAUUAUUAUAUUAUAUUAGCUAUAUUAUAUUAUAUUAGCUUUAUUUUAGCAUGACGUGUUUAUUAAAACAAUAUAAAUUCGAGUGUCGGGUUAGUUCAGUUUUGAAUAAGAAUAAUCGAUCUUAUGGGAAAAAUUACAUGUUCGAUAAUUGUCCUGAAACUUGUUGGAAUUCUGACGCGGGAACUCUUCAGUGGAUAAUUAUUGAAUUUGAACAAGAAUAUGAAAUAAGUUCAUUUGAAAUUGAAUUUCAAGGUGGAUUUGUUGGCAAAAAUUGCCAUUUAGAAGUUGGUAAUAAAGAAACUAAAUUUCAUGAAUCGUUUUAUCCAGAAGACAAAAAUACAAUACAAAUUUUCAUUUUAAAAAAUCCAAUAAAAGCAAAAACUUUUAAAUUUGUAUUUAAUGAAAGUACAGAUUUCUUCGGUAGGAUUAUUAUAUACAAAUUAUCUUUACACUCAUAAAAUAUUGUAGCAAACAUUAUUUUUUACAAAAAAUAAAUGUAAUUAAAUAUUACAUGUCUUUUUGACU